UGACGGAAUCUUCAAUAUAUAGCACUGUAUCGAGGUAUCCCGAGUUAGUCGAAUCGUGUUCUAAUAAUCAGCGGGGUUACUCCAACACUGCUGAUAUUUAUUACAUAUAAAUAAUAUUUACUCACUUAUAAAAUGCCUCCGGUAUCAUUAACGGACGAGGCUCCAAAGAAAUCUCUUCGUGUGGCUAUUAUUGGCCAAAGUACAUUUGCAGCUGAAGUGUUCAAGCUUUUACAAAGAGAUGGACAUGAAGUCGUUGGUGUAUUUACUGUUUUAGACAAAGGCAAUAGGGAGGAUCCCCUUGCUACUAUUGCGGCACAGAAUGGAAAACCAGUUUACAAAUACAAAACCUGGCGCAUCAAGGGGAAAGUUAUACCAGAAGUUUUAGAACAAUACAAAUCUGUAAAUGCCGACAUCAAUGUUCUACCAUUCUGUACACAAUUCAUUCCAAUGGAAGUCAUCACACACCCCAAGUACGAGAGUAUAUGUUAUCACCCCAGUAUACUACCAAGGCACAGAGGAGCAUCUUCAAUUAACUGGACACUAAUUGAAGGCGACACGACUUGCGGCCUCUCCAUAUUCUGGGCGGACGAUGGGCUCGACACAGGCCCUAUUUUGUUGCAGAAAACAUUCCCUGUGACUAUUGAUGACACCGUCGACACCAUAUACAACAAAUAUUUAUAUCCCGAAGGUAUAAAGGCGUUGGCAGAAUCUGUCAAUAUGGUAGCAAACGGUACAGCCCCCAGAAUCCAACAGACCGAAGAAGGAGCUACAUACGACGCCGCGCUGUUCAAACCAGAGACACAUCAGAUCGACUGGUCGAAAGGUGGCCUCGCACUACACAACUUCAUCCGAGGUCUCGAUUCAUCACCUGGCGCCACCACCUUCAUUCACCCGCAGACUAGAGACGGCUUGGUUGAAGGCAGCGAGCCAACUGUGGAAAUUAAAUUCUUCGGCUCCAGUCUCUGGGAAGGAGAAUACGAAGCAGAGGGGGAUAAACUGUUGAUUCCAAAUUUAAACAAGCCGGCGGUCAUACACGAAGCGGGCUUGUUGAUCACUGCCAAUGAUGGUGUAAAGCUAAACGUUCAAAGACUAAAAGUGAAUGGUAAAAUGAUAAACGCCCAAAACUUCUUUAAGGCGAACGAUAACAAAGUAACAUUAGAAUUGACAGUGGAUGAGAAACAAUUCGUCGAGAGCGCCCGAGAUAUCUGGAAGGCGAUCUUACGGAUAGACAUUGACGAGGACACGGAUUUCUUCGAAUCUGGCGCCGGCUCCAUGGACGUAGUCAGAUUAGUUGAAGAAAUCAAAGAUUUAGCAAACAUAGAACUCCAAAAUGAGGAUAUAUACAUGAACACAACAUUUGGUGAUUUUUACACAGUGGCCAUCACAAAAGCUAGAGGCGGUUCAAAUAAAAAAGAAAUAGUAUACGAAGGUGUAGAAUUAGAGGUUAACAAAAUGAAAGUUAAAUUUCCAACGCAGUUGUUUAUAAAUGGGGAGUUUGUUAAUGCUGAUAGUGGGAAAACACUGACCAUCGUGAAUCCUAGUGACGAAAGUGAAAUCUGUAAAGUGCAGUGUGCGUCUGCGGCUGAUGUUGAUAGAGCGGUGCUGGCCGCUAAGAAAGCGUUUGAAGAAGGAGAGUGGUCUAAGAUCAGUGCCCGGGAAAGAGGCCAGUUAUUAUUCAAAUUAGCAGACCUAAUGGAACAACACAAAGAAGAACUAGCGACCAUAGAAUCAAUAGACUCUGGCGCAGUCUACACAUUAGCCCUCAAAACCCACAUAGGAAUGUCUAUAGAAACAUGGAGGUACUUUGCGGGCUGGUGCGACAAGAUCCAAGGCAGUACAAUACCCGUGAACCAUGCUAGACCCAACAGAAACUUGACAUUGACAAAAAGAGAGCCAAUCGGUGUUUGUGCGCUGAUAACUCCUUGGAAUUACCCCCUGAUGAUGCUGUCAUGGAAAAUGGCGGCAUGCCUGGCGGCCGGCAACACGGUCGUCAUGAAACCAGCUGCUGUAUGUCCACUGACGGCGUUGAAGUUCGCGGAGCUGGCAGCGCGGGCGGGCAUCCCGGCGGGCGUGGUGAACAUCCUGCCGGGCAGCGGACCCGGCGCCGGGCAGGCGCUCGCAGACCACCCCGCCAUCAGGAAGCUCGGCUUCACCGGCAGCACGCCCAUAGGUCAAACGAUAAUGAAGUCAUGCGCUGCGUCGAACAUGAAGAAGGUAUCAUUGGAGCUCGGCGGGAAGUCGCCUCUCAUCAUAUUUGAAGACUGUGAUCUCGACAAAGCUGUCAGAAAUGGUAUGGGCUCAGUGUUCUUCAAUAAAGGUGAAAACUGCAUAGCGGCGGGCCGGUUAUUCGUCGAAGAACGCAUCCACGAUGAAUUCCUCCGCCGUGUGGUUGAGGAGACGAAGAAGAUCAGCAUCGGCGACCCGCUGCACCGCGGCACCUCGCACGGACCGCAGAAUCAUAAGGCGCACAUGGAUAAGUUGAUUGAGUAUUGCGAGUGUGGUGUGAAGGAAGGCGCUAAGCUGGUGUACGGCGGCAAACGUGUCGAUAGGAAGGGCUAUUUCUUCAUGCCAACUAUCUUCACUGACGUCACCGAUGACAUGUACAUCGCCAAAGAAGAAUCAUUCGGCCCCAUUAUGAUCAUCAGCAAAUUCAGUAGCAAAAACCUGGACGAUGUGGUGAGACGCGCUAACAAUACAGAGUACGGACUUGCGAGCGGCGUAUUCACACGAGAUAUCUCGCGAGCAUUACAACUGUCAGAGCGAAUCGACGCCGGCACCGUGUUCAUUAAUACAUAUAAUAAGACAGACGUCGCUGCACCUUUCGGCGGCUUCAAGCAAUCUGGCUUUGGGAAAGACUUAGGUCAAGAAGCGCUCAAUGAAUACCUCAAAACCAAAUGUGUUACAAUAGAAUAUUAAUGAAUUUUAUAUACUUAAAUAUCUAUUAUUAAUUCUACAUAUUUUUGUGAUAUAUAUAUUAAAAGUGAUGGUAUUGAAUGAAAAAAUGGUGCAAUUGUCAUACUUUUUUUUUUAUUAUGUACUGAAAGUACACUUAAUUAGUAUUUGUUGACUUUUAAUGUGGUAAUAAUUGUAAAUAAUUAUAUUGAAUCUAGUUAAUAUAUAAGCAAUGUCGAUAAUAGUGUGAAUAUUUUUAAGUUUUACUAUUUAUAAUACGAGGUCUGUCCGGAAAGUUCGUAUAAAAGUGUUCUGGAAUGCGAGAAAGAGGAGUGGUGAGGCCAGGUAAGCGCAGGACCCCUUCCUUAUGUCUCUAACAAUGCUUCAGUUCUGGUCUGACCGCCGUGCGGUGCGAACUGGCUUGUCACGCCAUCUGUGAAGUUACCUCUUAACGAAACCCCGUCGGCAUGGAGCCCGCUUCCG